CUUACGAACGAGAAGGAAGAAUUUAGUCGCGGUGUCCAAAAUUUAUAUGGCGGGUGUGUCGUUUGGAGGAUGUAGUAUAUUUUAAUCAUUAUUACUUCAUUUUCCUUGGUUUCGUAUCUAGUUCCGUGAUAAAGUGCAAUUCCCAACAAUCAAAAUGAUGUCAGAUAGAAAAGCUGAACUAGAGAGGAAAAAGGCGAAGCUUCAAGCUAUCAGAGAAGAAAAAGAAAGGCGAAGAAGAGAAAAAGAACAGAAAGAUGUCGAAGAAGCAACGGUACGUGCAGCAGGUGCUGACAAGGAUCAUCGUAAAGAAAUUGAUGCUAUGCUUUCAUCUUUGGGAAUGGCACCAGUUUCAGAUGUACUGUCAAGUUUAUCUAGUAUGAAUUCUUUGACACCGGAGCAAAGUGCUAAUGCUACACCAGAUGCAAGUUUACAACCUUCUAGCAUAAAUUCAACGCAGAGUACUGGACGAAGGAAACCAAGAGAACUGACCAUCGUUUCUGUUGCUAAUACCAAUAUUCCACCAAAAGAGCCUGUUGUUUAUAGUAAACAAACGCAAACAGUUCAAACUACGCAUACAUCUCACGACGGACUGUCCAAAUCUUCUUCCGAAUACACCAUCUACUCCUCCUGUUCAACAACAACACCAACUCACUCUUGCUCCGCAGGCUACUUUGAGACUGACUGGUGGCGUCCCAGGAAAGGUGGGUCUGCACCAAACUACCUAUCUCAUGCAUUCGACUAUUACGACGAGUACAAUCUAAAUCCAGGUUUAGAAUGGGAGGACGAAUUUACAGCCGAAGAUGAAGAGAACAGCUUGCCACACUUGGACAGCUUCCAAAGCAAGCUUCCACCUGGAAUUCUACCACAUGGUUUGCCACAGGUUAAAGAAGUUCAACCUGCUGUUACACAGGUAGAACAAGAAAAGGAGAAAGAAAAACCUAAGAAAGAAGUACGCGAGUUCAGUGAGGAAGAAAAACAGAUGAUCAUACUUUCGGAGGACUUUAAACGAUUUCUCGAUAGUACCAGUAGGAUUGUAGAAAGAGCAUUAGGUGAAUCAAUCGACAUUUACACCGAUUAUACCGGCACAAUGGACGGCGAGGAUGGAUUAGACGAAAAAAGUCAUCAACAAUUAUGGUUAAACCGUUCGUUUUUUUGCGAACGGUGGUCGCGUAAUCGCUGUGUCACUUCGAUGGAUUGGUCUCCACAAUUUCCAGAACUUCUUGCUGCCUCGUACAACAACAACGAUGAUACUCCGAAUGAUCCCGACGGUGUAUGUUUAGUUUGGAACACUAAAUUCAAGAAAUCCACUCCUGAAUUUAUUUUCCAUUGUCAAUCACCGGUGAUGUCGACAACUUUUGCAAAAUUUCAUCCAAAUUUGAUUUUGGGCGGUACUUAUUCUGGUCAAAUAGUACUCUGGGAUAAUCGUGUACAGAAAAGAACGCCUGUACAAAGAACACCUUUGUCAGCUUCAGCUCAUACGCAUCCUGUGUAUUGCUUAACUGUUGUUGGAACACAAAACGCACAUAAUUUGAUCAGCAUCUCGACUGAUGGUAAAUUAUGCUCUUGGAGUUUGGAUAUGUUGUCUCAACCACAGGAAACAUUGAAUCUAUUAUUAAAACAAUCUAAAACAAUAGCGGCUACUUGUUUAGCUUUUCCUCAUGGAGAUGUGAAUAAUUUUGUUGUUGGUAGCGAAGAUGGAACUGUAUAUGGCGAUUGCAGGCAUGGCAGAAAAUCUGCCGUGGUUGAAGUACUUUACGAGGGUCAUCAGGGACCAGUGACCGGUAUUAGUACACAUGCUGUUCAAGGAGGAAUUGACUUCUCUCAUUUGUUCUUAACAUCUUCUAUCGAUUGGACCAUCAAAUUGUGGAGUCUUAAAGAAAUGAAACCUCUUUACUCGUUCGAGCAUAACGGAGAUUAUGUAUACGAUGUUGCAUGGUCACCAACUCAUCCAGCAUUAUUUGCAGCUGUUGACGAUUCAGGCAGAUUAGAUCUUUGGAAUUUAAAUCAGGACACCGAAGUACCCGUUGCUAGUGUCAUAGUUGAUGGAAAUCCUGCAUUGAAUAGAGUUUCUUGGACACCGAGUGGUUUACACGUCACGGUCGGAGAUGACACUGGUAAAAUUUGGGUCUACGAUGUUGCAGAGCACUUGGCAUAUCCAAGAAGCGAUGAAUGGAAUAAGUUCUUAUAUACACAACAAGAUUUAAAGAAUAACAAAGCGGAUGAAGAAUUAGACAGGCUCAAUCUUAAUUCCGGACCUUCUUCGUUAACUUCUUUAACAUCCAUGUCAUCGUGUCCGCUUAGAUAAAAAUUUUGUGCUACUUAGAGAGAAUCACGAUUAUAAAAUGUGGGUUUAGCUUACUUUAAAGCCAAAAUAAUAUAGAAUACUUAUUAAAAAGCUGGUAUAAAAUUUGAUCAAGGAUAUACAUAUUGUUGAAAAAAACAAAAAACAAAGGAUACUCAUUACGCUAUUACUCUUAUUGAUAAACAAAAACCGUUCUUUUAAAAACAAAUCUUUUUUCCACAAUGAUAUCUUGUACACUAAUAACAUAAUUUUCACGAUUAUAUGUAUUCAUUUAUUUAACGAUAUCGAAUUAAUUCUAUUAUUUAAAUUAAAAUUAAAUUAUUUCAUCCUAAUAAUAGUAAAUGGUCAUAUCAUUAAUCUAGAUUUAAGAUUGAUUCUUAUUCGCAUAAUAUUAUAAUAGAAGAAUUUGCAAUUUUAACGUUUGUGUCGAAAAAUUUUUGUUCAUUUAUUUUAUUUGCUGCCCAAUAUUAUAUUAGAUUAUUACAGGAUAGUUUUCCAAUGAUACCUCGAUUACUUACAAUUAGUUAAAUUUAAUUCCUGUUUUUUUUAUAAGGCAUAUGUAAUUUAAUCUUAUAGUAAGUAACAUUAUUUAUAUUGUUAGAAAUUUUUUUUUUUAUAGAUUUUUCACACACUAUCCGCUUUACCACGCCCAUGUUAUAUCUCUCUUAUAAUCUUCCCUUAUUAUAAUAUUAAUUUAUAUGUAUAAAUUUUGUACAUUGCUCGAAGAUGCAAAAUACAAGGUUAAGGCGUUAGCUAUAUAAAUGCUCUAUAUAAAAAUUAGAAUUAUGUUUAUUCACUUUCAAAUGGACUCUGUACUUAUACUCGAUAAUUUAUAAUUAAUAUAUAUAUAUUUUUUUUCAGGAUAAGUGGAUUAUAUUUCUAUCACGUCAUUCUAUUGUUAUUUCUUUAGAUUCAAAUUAAUAAUACAGAAUAAUUAAAUGUUAAUUAGUAACAGGUGAUCUUACACAAUGAAUUAAUAUCAAAUUUACUUGUAAAUAAUAUGAGCUGUAUAAUUGAUCAUAUUUUAAAU